UGCCAAAUGCGGUGUGAUAAAAAUGGCGCCGGAUUCAAGUUACCGUUCAUGAAGCAGAAGAAGAUUCGGAUCUUCCUCAACGAACAUUCUCAUUCUUAAAGCAAAAUAGGAAUCUCAUGUGCAUAUUUCAACGGCGCCAUUCUCUGCCAACUCACACAACUUCAUUUCCUUCUCAACACCCACUAAUCAAAAUUCCCUCUCAACCGAUCCCUCUUUUUCUCUCUAAUUUCCCUCGAUUUACAGCGUUUAAUUUCAGGGUCUUGCGCGCAAUACCCUCUCCUCCAUCAUUCUCUUCCCCUUUUCCCGCCUUCUCCGCCAUUCACAGCGGCCGGAGUUAAGUGGGUCUCGUUUUGAUUUCUCUGAUACUGUUUAUUUUUUGGUGGAUUGUUGGUUAUGUCUGUCGCUACGCCCAGGUCUGUUACAGAGAAGGUGUUUCAGAGGGUGGGAGGGCAUUAUCAAAGUAGUACUCAUAGGAUCUGUGGGAAUGAGUUUAAAGAGGAGGAUUAUGAUGACGAUGGGACUUUGGAAAUGGUUCAGAUUGGAGCCGAGAGGACCAAGAAUGUUCUUAUUUUGAUGAGUGAUACAGGCGGUGGCCAUAGAGCCUCUGCGGAGGCCAUUCGAGAUGCGUUUCGGAUUGAAUUUGGCGAUGAGUAUCAGAUAUUCGUAAAGGAUGUUUGGAAAGAGUAUACGGGUUGGCCUUUGAAUGACAUGGAGAGAUCUUACAAGUUCAUGGUAAAGCAUGUUCAGCUAUGGAAGGUUGCAUUUCAUAGUACCUCUCCUCGGUGGAUUCAUUCAGUCUAUCUUGCUGCCAUUGCCGCUUACUAUGCAAAGGAGGUGGAGGCUGGUCUAAUGGAGUACAAGCCAGAUAUUAUCAUCAGUGUUCAUCCACUAAUGCAACACAUUCCUUUAUGGGUUCUAAAAUGGCAAGGCCUUCAAAAAAAAGUGGUGUUUGUCACAGUCAUAACAGACUUAAACACCUGCCAUCCAACAUGGUUUCAUCCCGGCGUAAACCGAUGCUACUGCCCAUCAGAGGCAGUAGCCAAGAGAGCCUUGCUCGACGACAUCGAAGAGUCUCGAGUACGUGUCUACGGCCUACCUAUCAGGCCAUCCUUCGCUCGAGCAGUACUCCAGAAGGAUGAACUAAGGGAAGAACUUGAAAUGGAUCCAGAGUUACCAGCAGUGCUGCUAAUGGGAGGAGGUGAAGGGAUGGGUCCUGUAAAGAAAACAGCAAAAGCUCUUGCAGAGUCCCUUUAUGAUAAGGACAACGAGAAGGCUAUUGGGCAAAUUGUUAUUAUUUGUGGAAGAAACCAAACUUUGGCCUCUUCUCUUGAAGCCUUUGAAUGGAAGAUCCCUGUUAAGGUGAGAGGCUUUGAAAAACAGAUGGAGAAAUGGAUGGGUGCUUGUGACUGUAUUAUAACAAAAGCCGGUCCCGGUACAAUUGCAGAAGCUUUGAUUCGAGGGCUUCCGAUCAUUCUAAACGAUUAUAUUCCCGGACAAGAAAAAGGGAAUGUUCCAUAUGUGGUUGACAAUGGAGCUGGAGUGUUCACUAGAAGUCCUAAAGAAACAGCCGCCAUUGUUGCACAAUGGUUCAGCACAAAAACAGAAGAACUUCACACAAUGUCACAAAAUGCUCUCAAACUAGCACAACCUGAGGCCGUUUUCGACAUUGUCAGGGACAUUCACGAGCUCGCUUGCCAACGAGGUCCAAUGGCAAACAUCCCGUACAUGUUAACCUCGUCGUUUACAGACCUAAUUUAAAUGGUUUCGUCGUCAACGUAUCCACCAUUGUCAAAGUUUAUUAUCCUAGAAUUGCCAUGUACAGUUAGCCUCCUUAUAUAUAUUGUGCCAAUUUGUUUAAUGGACGCUACAAUGAUUUCCAACUUGUAAAAGAAAAAAAUGAAAGAAAGUUUAUUUAGGGCAAUGUGAAAGUUGUUCAUGUUUCCAAUGUU